AAUUUUUCUGCUUCUCCUUACUUGAUUCCCACAUUUCCAGUGCACAUUAGUAAGGUAGACUGUUGGUACUCAUCUACAGCAGAGCUUCUCCUGCAGCUGUAUAUGAAAUGCAGAAGAAGCUAUUUCCUUCUAUAAAAACUCCCGUCGCCAUUGUUGAUCUUAAUUUUGAAUCGUUCCGCGCUGCAUUGGAGCUGCUCCCGGUCACUUCUUCUCGCAUUCUACGUCCGUCAGUGUCGCCAAUCACCUUCUCGGGGUCCGGAAUCGCAACGUGCAAGCCUUAUAUUUUCCUGAAUAGACGACGAUUCUCCGCUGGCCAGGCGGAGUUUCCAUCGGGAAGAGGCUUAGGUAUUGGGAGAGCUGUUAUUUCCAGAUGCUUCCUCGUUUCGAAGAAGAAAGCGGAUGCCCGGUUGGAUGAUUAUUCUUCUUUACCCCAAAUCCUGAAGCAAUAUGGAAACCUAUGCCCGGAGAUCACCCGUCGUUUCUGGCGUGUUUCCACGUUGAGUCCUGGAGAUGUCCUGGAGCUGUUAAAAUGUUUCGAACCAGGCAAGGAUUCGAUUUUUAUAGUGGAAUUUCUAUGGGUGUUGUUCAGGUGGGCUCCCAGACAAAGCAAGAACUUUCAUCAUCUGCCUACUACGUAUGAAAUACUGAUUUCAAUGCUUAUCCGAUCUCAGAUGUUUGCGGACGCUGAGUCUUUGGUUUUAUCUUCGAAUCCCCGUGGCAUCCUUUCCAAUCCCAGCGAGAUAUUUAGUAAUAUCAUUCUAGGUUAUGCUGAGAAUUUCCUGUUGCAAAAUGCUGUUGAUUUGUAUAAUCAGGCAAGGAAUCAAGGGUUGGAACUGUCAUCUUCAUGCUAUCAAGCUCUGCUGAAUCUAUUAGUUGAAGAGAACAAUUCUGAAUUGGCAACAAGAGUCUGUAUAGACAUGAUAGAAUCUGGAUUUGGGUUAUGUGCUGAAGACAAGUUGCUUAAUUUUGUUGUUAGAUCUCUAUGCAAGGAUGGGAAGACACUUGACGCUGUAAAAGUCCUCAGAAAAGCAAGAUCUGCCGGUGUUACAGCAAGCCCUUCCACACUUGAUGCAGUUGUUGGAGGAUACUGCUGUAAAAUGGACUAUGAAGAUGCGUUGAACUUUAUGAAAGAAUGGGCACACAUACCUUCUUCUUCUGUAGGUAACAAAGUAGUUUCAUCUAUCUGCAAAAAAUUAGGUGAUAAUUAUGCUUGGUUUUUUACUCGAGAGUUGAAGGAUUUAGGCUUCCAUCCAGAUGAUAGUACCUUUGGAAUUCUGAUUGUUCAAAGCUGCAAAGAAAGAAAGCUGAGAGAUGCUUUCGUUUACUUAUCUGAAAGUUUUUCUCAUGGGAUAAAAUUGAAUCUGCAUGCUUACAAUGCAAUCAUUGGUGGGGUUUUGAAGGAGGGAAUGUGUCAUGCCGCAAAAGAUAUUUUUGAGGAGAUGGUUGAGAGAGAGAUCUCCCCGGAUCUAUCGACUUUGAAAAUCUUACUCGCUGGGUAUUGCAAGUAUAGAAAGUUUAUCGAGAUAAAGAACUUAGUGACUGGGAUGGAAAACUCUGGCUACAGUGCUGGUUCAGCUCAGGGGGAGAAUCCUCUUUCCAAGGCCUUUAAGAUUCUUGGCAUUGAUUGCUUAGGAGUGAAGAUUAAGAGGGAUAAUGAUGCUAGAACUCCCAAAGCUGAAUACUUUGAUUCCCUUGGCAACGGGCUUUAUUUAGAAACUGACAAUUCUGAAUAUGAAAAGAUUCUUGAUAAGAUUCUAGAUGAUGGAAUGAUUCCAGAUCUUGAUUCUUUAUUGUGCAAGGAAUGCCAACAAGGAAAUCUAGAUAGAGCACUUGUGGUGAAAAAUGAGGUUCUUCAAUGGGGGCAUAAUCUUUCUCCACCUACCUGCUCUCAGUUUUUGAAGGUCAUGUGUAAAUCCUCUUCUCAUUUGAAAGAAGCUAUCUGUUUUCUUGAUGAGGAUCCAGAAUUAUGGGAUAAGCUCGACGGCGAUACACUUAAUCUGGUUGUACAAUAUUUAAGCAAGAAUGGCAUGACAACUAGUGCAAAGUCAGUUCUGGAUAGGUUGCUGAAAAGAGAGUUACUGGUUGAUAGUGCUACAUACAAUGCUGCAAUUUUGGGUUUCUUAAAAGAGAAGAAUGUUAGACAAAUUCAUAAAUGUUGGGAAUUAUUAGAGGGAUUGGCCUACUUACCAUCUUCCGAGGACAUCAAUAGGCUUGUGAGCUGUCUAUGCAAGUCAGGAAUGGUAGAAGAAAUGCUCAUGUUUUUCGAUAGUAUGACUGAGAAAUAUAGUGAUUUGUUGCCAUCAGUUGUCACUGCAAUUUUAAAAGAGCUCACUUCUGGAGGUCUUUUGAGCAUUGGGACUGUGUUUCUUGAGGAGGUUUUUAAGAAGAUUCCAGUUUUGGAUCCUUCAUUCCUUUUAAAUCUGACAGAAACUGCUGCAUGCCAAAAUUCAUAUCAAUGCUUAAUGCAUUUUUUGGUGAGUUCAGGCAGAAUUAAAGAAACUCUACUUUUGAAGCAACAAGUUCUGAGCAGAAGGGGAAGUCACACUAACUUUGUUUAUAGCUUAUUGUUGAAUGAACUUUGCAUGAAGGGAAAGCUGACGGAAGCAGCUUCUCAGUUGCAAGAAAUGCUAGCAAAUAGAGUGUUUCCUGAUGAUAAAAUUUUGAAUGGCUUUGUUCAUGGGUUUUGCAGACAGAAUGAUCUGAAGAAGGCACUUGAGAUUCUGGCUAUCAUGUUAAGAACUCAUGCUAGCCUUUCAAUUUCUAGUUAUCGCUGCCUGGUUCGCCAAUUGUGUGCUCAUAGACUAUUAAAUGGUACAUUCAAUCUCCAAAAACUAUUUGUUCAAGAUGGCUCGAAGUCAUUCAUUUUUCAAAACAUUCUGAUUUUUUCUUUGUUUCAGACAAAAAAUUAUCUGCUUGUUGAUGCUUUGUUAGACAAAAUGCAACAGAAACAUUUGCUUGGAGAUACUGACACUUGUAAUUUCCUUAUUUAUGGAUACUAUAAGUUUGGAUUUGUUGCCAAAGCAAUUGAAGUCUUUUAUGAUAUGAUCGGCCAUGGAAUCAGACCGAAUAAUCGUAGUUUUAGAACCAUAAUUUGUUAUCUUUGCAGGCAUGGGGAGCUUAACAAAGCACUAGAACUGACUAAUAUAAUGGUAAACCAUGGCAGAAAGAUUGGUUCUUGUGUUCAAAAUUCCGUAGUCAUCAGCCUCAUUUCUUCUGGCCAGCUUUCUGAAGCACUAAUACUUUUGGACCGACUGGAGGAACAGGGAUUGAUCCCUGAAAAUGUCUACUAUGACCUUAUAAUUAAAGAAUUUAGUGUUCAAGGGAACCUAGAGAAGGCAGUUCAUCUGUUGAAUUUAAUGUUGAAGAAGGGCAGCCUUCCAAGUCAAACCAGCUACAUUUCAGUAAUCCAUGGGUUCUGUAGCCACAAAGCUUUUGACGAUGCACUUGGUUUUUAUGAGGAAAUGCUUCACAAGGGCCUUGUGCCAAGUGAGGCUUCCAGUAAUACUCUAAUAUGUAGCUUGACUGAGUGUAGCAGAACGGAUGAUGCUAGAAGAAUUUUAAGUUUAAUGCGGCAAUUUGGUUUAGUUCCAGCUUGCAGCAUGUAUAAUUGUGUAAUAAGAAGUUAUUAUGCUGAAAACAAUAUGGAGAAGGCUUCAGAAGUUCUGCAGGAAAUGCAGAAAGUAGGAUAUUCCCCUAUUUUUGAGACUCAUUGGUCUCUUAUAAGCACCUUAAGUGGUACAGCACUAAAGAAGAAUAACAACAAGGGUUUUCUGUCCAGUCUGCUGUCCGGGGAUGACCUUCUAGUGAAGAAAAGGAAGGGCAGAGGUGUUUCUGCCAUUUAAACAGUUCUGGACCAGAGGUUUUGAAGUUUGGAAUCUCGCAGUGGUGUUUUUCAAGAUGAAGUUCGUAGGGAUAUAAUGUUUCAUUGGUCUCUUAUAAGCACCUUAAGAAGUAUAGAUGUCGCUGAUGGUCUCUCAAGUGCAUCCCAUGCCAAAGCAGACAUUCAUGGCAAAGAGAAAGAAGACAAAAUAUUCGAGAAAGGGGGCGUUCUGGCGAAGCAGGAGAAGGGAGAGUAUUGGAGAAGGCUGCUAAAAAGGAAGAAUAACAGAAGUUGCCUCUAUGUUGUGCUCUAGCACACAUAUGGGAAUAGAAGAAAGAAGUUCUUGGAUAGGAAGACCAGUGGGAAGCAUAUUUGCCACAUUAAUCUUAGCAAAAAAGCAUCAUUGUUCAGCCGAAGCAGCAGUUGCUGACGGCCCUUUGAACCCUCCUGCUGCUGAUAUUGUUGCAGAAGCAUCAGCAGCAGAUGAAACAGCUGACAUGAUAAGGUUUUCUAAGAUGCAGAGAUGAACAGAGUCACAGCUUAGAGUUUUUUUUGGAAGCCCGAAGAAGUCAACGUGGCGACAAUUUUGCUAGGAUGAAGAGAAUUUUUUAAUUAUUCUGUAUAAAUCAAAAGAUUCAUUUUUUUUUUUCUUUUUUUAAAUUAUGUAAAUCAACAGCAAA